UUCAUCUAUUGAUUUCUCCUGCUGGUCUGGCAUCUCAAAAUGGGGAAAACUGUUUUGAGUUUGUGGCUGUGUUGUCUAGGGAAAUCGGGUCAAGUGGCCAGUGUAGAAAGCGCUCUGUCAUUUCCUGGUUGCUAAAACUUGUACACGGUUUGCUCAAUUGCCACUUGCGUGAGAACAUUGCUGUGAAAUGUAUUUUCGAUUUCAAUAACAAACCAUAUAGUUUUUACAGCUGUUUGAAGCUGGUGGACCAAAACUGAAAGUAAAAGGCGCGAGUCUCUGCCAAAUUGCAGGGGAUGAGGGAGAUUUGUUUUGAAUGCAGCCUAGUGGUGUUGUAAUUCACCGAUCUUCCAUUUAAGGUUGAAACUUUUUUAAAAUUGGUUUUCCUUUUAAACAACAAGAAAAUAAACAUACAAUUCCACAUCAAUUCACAAUGCAGAAUAAUGGUUAUAUUGCAUAUGUAUUAGAGGUCGACCGAAUGGACGAUUAAUUAUGGCCGAUUUCAAGUUUUCGUAACAAUCAGUAAUCAGCAUUUUUGGACACCGAUUAUGGGCGAUUACAUUGCAGUCCAUGAGGAGACUGAGUGGCAGGCUGACUAUCUGUUAUACGAGUGCAGCAAGGAGCCAAGAAGAGGAAUGGCACAGAUGAGGAAGUCUGGAUGUGACGGGAUAAGGACUAACUCCCGGACUGAGCUGUGGGUCCCACAGGUGUCGGCCAGACAGGAGAUCCUCACCAGCCUAGUGGCUGCGCUGGACUCAGUGUGUACAGCCAUGUCAAAGCUCAAUGCCGAAGUGGCUUGCGUCACAGUGCACGAGGACAGCGUGAUCGCCGUGGGAACAGAAAAGGGAAGAGCUUUCCUCAACUCACGGAGGGAAAUACAAACAGACUUCCACAAGUUUUGCAGGGUGCACUGUCUGCAAGGGCUGACCACAGUGAAUGCCCCCCAUGCCAAAGUCCAGGAGAGUGAAUCCAGCAAGCUUGGCAAAGAGGGCGGGCACGGCAAACAAAGGGCGUCAACAGAUGCCCACUCUAACAUCUUUGUCUUGAGGAAAAUGGUGGAGGAAGUCUUCAGUGUGCUUUACAGUGAGGCUGUUGGGAAGAGCAAUAGCCUAGUCCCUGUGCCUUAUGAGUGGAUCCUGAAGGACCCCAGCUCUGUGGUGGCCCACGGCCUGCCUGAGGGGAUCGCCCUGAGGAAACCUGCUGAGUAUAACACCAAGACCUUAAUGAAGAUCCUGGAGCAGAGCAACCGCAUCUACUUCACUGUCAAAAGGGGAACAGAGGAGCCUAAGUCCAGUGCCGGCAACGUCAGCAACCACAACUCCUUCUCGGGCACCACCAAGAUCCUAGCCAAAUACGGCCCAGCCUCCAAGCCUGCCUCCACCGCCCAGGAAUUGUCCACCGCAUCAGUCUCGACCAGCAACUCCAUGCUCUCCAGCUUCCUGUAUGGCAUGCCCAUGUCCUCCCUGCCGCACCCUGACGGCAAGCUGGACCUCAAGCCCACGUCCCUCCUCAACAUGGACAAAGACCGCCUGGGGGCCUGGGUGGCAGGGGCGGAUAAAGGGACGGCCGCCAAGGACAGUUCCGACAAUGUACUCCAAGGGGAGUUGGGCCAGAGUCCUCCCAGCAUCCACGUCUCCAAGCGCCUCCUGUUUUCCCUCGUACAUGAGAAGUCAGAAAAAUGGGAUUCGUUCAUUCGAGAGACAGAGGACAUCAACACGCUGAGAGAAUGUGUGCAGAUCCUGUUCAACAGUCGCUAUGCGGAGGCCCUGGGCUUGGACCACAUGGUUCCAGUGCCGUACCGGAAGAUUGCCUGCGACCCAGAGGCUAUGGAGAUAAUUGGCAUCCCAGACAAAAUCCCCUUCAAGAGGCCCUGUACCUACGGAGUACCCAAACUCAAACGCAUCCUGGAGGAGCGCCACGGGGUCCGCUUUGUAGUGAAAAGAAUGUUUGACGAAAGGAUUUUCACAGCUGCUGGUAAGGUGGCCAAGGAGGAGGGGAAGCAUGACAUAAACUCCACCUUUGAGGACGGUUUCCCUGACAACCUCCAGGUCCCGUCGGCUGCACUGGAGCUGGUCACCAAUCCUCACAGCAGCAGAUCUACAAGCUCUUGUGUGAGUCCAUUGGCUGACUGCGAAGCAGGGCCUUCAGGAGAUUGUAUUCCCUUGAAAAAGAUUAAAACGGAACCCCCAGAUGGGGAAAUCAUCCAGGUGACUGUACCAGAUGCCAGUGUUUCAGUGGAGGAGCCAAGUGAGCCUCGGGCUGAUCCAGUUGCAGCAGCAGUGUUGGCAGUGGCCACCCCGGCGCAGGCUGCUCCCUGCCGCCCUUUGGAGACCCACGCAGCUGAAGCACUUUCAUCUAAACCAUCUUCUCAAGGCCUCAGAAGAUCUUCUGAAGGAAAUCUAGCUGAGGACAUAGGUGAAAUUAUCCUCCAGCUUCGGAGGCAAGUGGAAAGCCUAUUCAGCACUAAGUAUGCCGAGGCCCUUGGACUACCUGAGUCUGCAAAGGUGCCCUACUCCAAGUUUCAGAUGUACCCAGAGGAGCUGUGUGUCACAGGGCUCCCAGAGGGCAUGACUUUCCGUAGGCCCAACUGUUUCGGAGCGGCCAAGCUGCGAAAGAUCCUGGCUGUUGGCAGCCAGAUCCACUUUGUUAUCAAAAGGCCAGAACUGUUAACAGAUCUUGUCAAGCUAGAACCGCCUCCACUCCCAGCCUGUGAUUCAGACUUUUUUUCCACAGACCUGGACUCCAAAGAUGCUUUGUCAGAAGACGUAGGGGCUGCAAUGCAGAGACCAAGCUUCCCAGAUAGCUUAGAGGCCAAGCUGUCUAGGAUCGACCUGGCCAACACCCUGAGAGAGCAGGUCCAGGACCUAUUCAACCGGAAGUAUGGGGAGGCACUUGGCAUCAAAUACCCCGUCCAAGUGCCUUACAAGAGGAUCAAGAGCAACCCGGGCUCGGUGAUCAUCGAGGGCCUGCCCCCUGGCAUCCCCUUCAGGAAACCCUGUACCUUUGGCUCGCAGAACCUGGAGAGGAUCCUGGCAGUUGCAGACAAGAUCUGCUUCACCAUCACCAGACCUUUCCAAGGACUCAUCCCUAAACCAGCGCCUCGUCGGAUCACUUUAUUGAAGAAGGCCUACGCCUCAAUAAGCGAUGAGGAAGAGGUUAACUGUAUCGGUGAGAAAGUGAUACUUCGCGAGCAAGUGAAAGAACUCUUCAACCAGAAAUAUGGUGAUGCUUUGGGCCUGGACCACUCUGUCCUGGUCCCAUACAAGCUGAUCCGUGCCAGUCCCGAGUCUGUGGAGGUUAGUGGCCUUCCGGACGAUAUUCGCUUCAGAAAUCCCAACACUUACGACUUAGUCCGCCUGGAAAAGAUUCUUCAAGCCCGAGAUGAGAUCAACAUCAACAUCAAAAGCCAGCUACAGCCUUUUGCAGAAAUAUGCACCCAAACAUGUAACACAGAAGGGAAUGAGGUUUCUACCAAUCGACGCAAACGCAAAAGAGUCCUGGAGAGCAGCCGGGUGUCCUUACCCUCCGAGUCAGGGGUAUCAACCAAUCAGAUUCCAGUGAUGCAAUGGCCCAUGUACAUGGUGGACUACAGUGGAGUGAAUGUGCAAGUCCAUGGGAAGGUGAAAUACUAGUAGAAGAAAAAUAUGCUAUGCUACAGGAAGAGAAUAGACAUGAGAGGACUUUAUCAAAGCUGUACUUAUAACCACAUCUCCAAGUUUCAGCUUUGCGCGUGUGCUGUUGCUUAAAUACUCUUCUGACUGAAAAUAUAGAUUUGGAUGUGUGUUUUGGAAUGGUGGCGAUUGCCAAUAUUAGGUGGCUUGGGUGGAAAGGUGAGGAGGAACUAUAGAAUCUGUGCAUAAUUUGUUGCAGGAUGCUUUCUUUUAUUUUGUCUUCCCCCACAAGUCCUGAUGGGCUUUCUUGAUACACCUAUUUCAAAAGUGCUUAAAAAAAACUCUAUUCAAACCGACUGGGAUUAUGUUAUGGCACUAAGCUUAUGGAACUCACAAUUACCGAAGUACUCACCCUUUUAGAUAAUUUUUAUCAGAUCCAACAUGGAGACUUUCGUUACGGGGUGUAACUACGGCACAAAUGUAUUGGAUCAAUCUGGUUUUACAACAUUCAGAUAUUUGUAUGAGUAUUUAUUUAUUUAUUUUGAAGAUGGAAAAAUAAAACAUGUGCAGGGAUGUAAAUUACAAUGUUCAGUAAUCUAAGUACUGAAUCAAAUGUCUCUACAACGCUAACUACUACUGUAUGUAACUCAAAAAGUAUAUCAGUUGAAAUAUGUUUGCCUUCAGGUGUGCGUACCGGUAUUCUCCGUGGUAGGAAUAACCCAAGGUGAUAGCACUAUAUCUAAGAACAAUUUUCAUAUUUUGUAUAACUACAUGGAUUUUCUUUUAUCACAGUACUUGUACAUGGCGUUGAGAUUUCUCAACUCAGCUUUUCUUAUGUUUGUUCCACAUCUGCGCUAAGUUGAAAUGUCUCAUUAAGUCAACAUGAAUGUAACGUGUGUAAAAGAAAGAAUGGUCUGUGUUAUCCUGUAACGAUUGUCUCUGGAUUCACCAGUAUUUAUAUGCUGUACCUUAAUGCCAUUUAGGCCUUUGAAAUAAAAUGUGUUGCCUUGCACUUUCA